GAAGAGGGAGGAAAAGAAGAAACCGCGACCAGAAAGGCGAGGCGAGCCCCCCUCCCUAACCUCCUCAAGGCCCGGGGCUGCUAUCUUCGCUCCGCUCCGGAGUCCUCGCGGAGGACCCGGCUCCCCCAAGUGCAGCCCCGCGUCCCGUUCUCGCUGCCAGGGCUGGGUCGGAUCCCACGGACCUCCUGGAAGGGGCUCCCGGCCGCCCGCGCUCCGGCCCAGGUCCGCUCAGACCUCCACAAGCACCUCAAUUCGCCGCCCCCGGCUGCCUCUACCUAAGAGUGAAGCCUGGAGGAUCGCAGCCCAGCCCGGCCGACCGGCCCGGAGGCACGGAAAGGACUCCACCCCCUUCGCGCACACCCUCUGGGAGGGCCCCAGGGAACCCGGGUUGACCUUAGAAGCCCCCUCCCCAAACCGUGUGGACCGCGGUGGGAGCCGCGCGCAGCCCCACCUCGCCAGGCUUCCUUGAUUUUAGAAGCAUCAGUUCCAACCAAUGUCCCCGGAAGGUGACUAGGGAUUUGGGAGGAUUAUAGGGGGCGGAAAGAGCGCGCUUGGAGAGGAAGGUGCGGGGGCAGCACGUGGUUUCUGCAGGAACCAAUGGGGGGCCGCGGUCUGGUCCCCGGCCCUGGGCCCCCAGCCCGCAGCGAGCGCCCAGAGGAGGCGCCGUAGGGGACGCUGGCUGCGCGUCCCAGAGCGUGGAUCCGUCUCCGAGACCUGCAGCGCCCGGAGGGAGCUCAGGACCCCGGGCCGCGCGGGGAAGCGGACUCCUCGGCCCCGCCCCUCUGCCUCCGCGAUGCUGCUGAGCCGGGUCGCCUCCACCCCCUUCUCCGUCAGUGACAUCCUGCGGCUGGAGCGCGAGCAGGCCGAGUUCUCACCACAAUGGGGGUUGCGGAGGAGCCCGGAAAACCCUCGGUACCUGGGAGUGGGCCUGGAACCGCGAGGACCAGAGGUGUUUCACCACAUCUGUAGUAGGGGCGGCAGAGGGCAGGAGCGCUCCGAGGCUCCUGGGAGUCCCUGCGAGGCAGUGGUACAGAUGGACGCGGAACGGGUCGGGGGGCCACAGCCCGACCUGGGCGCGGUCUUGCCCCUCGGCGGUGGGAACAGCGGGGAGCCGGAGCGCAGCGUGGGCCACAGCGACGACCGCGUGCGCGGUGUCGGCCCCGAGCAGCCCAAGACGCGACCGCGGCGGAAGCCACGCGUGCUCUUCUCGCAGGCGCAGGUGCUGGCCCUGGAGCGGCGCUUCAAGCAGCAGCGGUACCUGUCGGCCCCGGAGCGCGAGCACCUGGCCAGCGCGCUGCAGCUCACGUCCACGCAGGUCAAGAUCUGGUUCCAGAACAGGCGCUACAAGUGCAAGAGGCAGCGCCAGGACAAGUCGCUGGAACUAGCCGGCCGCCCGCUGGCGCCACGCCGGGUGGCAGUGCCUGUGCUGGUGCGCGACGGCAGGCCCUGCUUGGGACCGGGCGCGCCUGCCUUCCCCAGCCCCUAUGCCGCGGCUGCGGCGCCCUAUUCUUGCUACGGUGGGUUUGUGAGCUCCCCCUACGGAGCAGGAUACAGUAGCGGCUACGCGGGGCCGGGACCAGCUACGCCCACGCCACUGGCCAGCUCCGGCUUCCGGCACAGCGGCCGGAGCGCCACCCCGCCAGGCCAUCUGGCCGCCACGCUGCAGGGCGUCCGGGCCUGGUGAGGCGCCUCCGUUCGGCUCGGCGGCGUCACCGGGGCCGGAGCUCGGCCCCUCCCUCGCUCCCGGGUCGCGCUCUCUGGGACUGGGACUGGGACUGCCCCAGACCAGCCGCCCUCCGCCGGCGCUGAGGAUGUUCCUCCCCAGAGACCUAACGGGGGCUUCGCCAGUCGCGCAGGAAGCAGCACCGCGAGGACAAAAAAUCGAAGGUGGCUGGAAGUCUCGAGUGUCCCACCAGCUCUGAGGCUGGUGACUUUUCGGGGGGUUGAGGAGUUCCUUAGCGGCUCUUGAUUGCGUGGGCAGCCCGCGCGCCCUGGGCGGUGGAGAGGGAGCGGUCUAGAGGGCCUCCAUCCUCCCAGCCAAGGAACUUGUUGGGGGGUAGGGUGGGGACAGGAGUGAGAGAAGGGGACGAAGUGCAGGGAGUAGGAAGCUCCAGAGGUGGAGGGGAGCUGAGGCUGCGAGCCACGCCCUGCUGCGGGUUGAACCUCGGGCCGCUGCGCUCCAGGACGUUGGUGACCCAGGAAGAGCGCGCUUCCGGCUACGCUCGCGCUCCGGAAGUAGCGUCUCCACGCCAGUUCGUCCCCACAUGGCCUGCGUUUUCUGUUGCCUACCCAGCAGCGCCUCGAGUGAGAAGACUGCGUGGCCCUGAGAACGCAUUUUCUGGGUCUGCUCUGGGUAACUUGGAAUGGAAGCAGAAGCUCCAGGGAGACAAAGGUUUUCUUUUGGAACCUGAUCGGUCUCUAAAUAAUGCAUGUGGAAAGAAGGUCCAGACAAGGCUGUAAAUCCUAGAGAAAACCUAACUUUUCAGCUCCCUGAAAUUAUGAAAAUUUGACAGCCCCGCUGCAGCAUCCUGAGGUCAUCCAAACUGAAGACAGAAAACAAAUUCAGUAUAUUAAUGGGAACACGGGAUCCAUUCGGAAAUUGUCCUUGGAAGGUCAAGUUUAGUAGGAAAAUCUAGCCCCCUCCCCCCCGCAUUGGAUUACAUUUUUAGACCAUGAAAUCUCUGGUUCUUUAUUCUUCUUAACUUAACAAAGGUUUAUUGUUAUUUAAUAAAUUUUCGUGUUUAAUUAAAAUGUACUGCACGUGCUUCUGCUCUCCUGAGUAUGCCCCGAUUUUUACUGAAGUGAGCAACGGUGUUUGAUUGUGUGUAAAUGCUACCUGACUGUCCCUUAAAGUUUAUAUGCUUAAGCUAAAAGAAACAAAACUAUUUCCUUACAUUUCUCCUUUUUUCGUUUUCAGCACUUCUUCCUUUUAUUUCCCCAUUUCCACUGCUAACCAAAGUGUAUUUAGAAUACCUGUGUUUUAGUUGUGCCCCAGGAUUUAAAAAGUGCAGUAAAUAUAUUUCAAAUUCAAUUAAACUAAGCAGAGACAGAGGUUAAUUAAAAUCUUCGUGUGAGAAUUGUCAUAGUGUUAAAUGCAAUGUUGCCUGUCAGUUGUUAUCUAUGUAAUUGUAUUAAAUUUUUCUGAGAUCAGAUUCCAAAAUAAUGUAUGUUAAUUCUUGUAAAUCUCCUGAGUUAGGGCAAGUAAAGACUUCCACACCCUGGUGACACUUUGGGGGUACUUUUCCUCGAUUUUUUGACUUUGUUUUUACUGGGAUUUAAGACAUAGGGUGGGGAGUGUCCCUUUGGGGUCCACACUUUUGUGUGUCACCUGGAAAAGCACCGGAAGAAAGUGAUGUGCAAGACUCUGAGCGAAGGGGACACAGGAGGAAGGCUCGGUUCAGUCAUCGUGCGCAUUCCUGGCAGGAAUACUGAGAAACUAAAUUUCAGCUGCCUCCCUGGCCCUUACGGAAUUUAUUAUCUAACUGGAAUUGCAAAGACCAUGAGAAGGGCGCCUAAAAAUACAAGGUGAUAUAAUGCUGCAGGUCAAGUAGGACUGGCAAUAAGCUCACUCUAGAGAAAGAAAAUCCUCGCUGGCUGCUUAGGGAAGCUUCGUAGAAGAGGUGGGUU